AUGGAUGUCUACAACUGGCUCAACCGACCUGAUCCGGCGUGGAGCGCAUAUUACAAUUUCAAUCCCACUCGGGAUGAUGCCCGAUCAUACCUACAGUCGCUUGGCUACGGCAUAAGCGGCGGCUUUCCUUUACCAGUGAUCGCGACAUCGCCGAGCGAUCUCGAUGCGAGAAUCUCCUUCCUUGGGCAUGGAAUCUUAGCUGCGUACGAGGAGAUGAAAAAAAUGCAUGGUCAUCACCACGGCGGCUUCAAGAUAUACUGGGCAAAUAUGGGAGUCAAACAGCGAGCAGCGAUGUUGGCUGAAGCUUGGGGAGGACCGUUACCUCUGCGUCAUCGUCCAGACCUACACGAACUUCUCACUCAGUUGAAUGGCAUCACUUUAAAAGGCGUCAACAUCAAGCCUAAAGGUUUCGAUCACUUGCUAUCCAACAAGCAGGCGUUUAGGGCACCGUUCCUCAACGCUGAAGACUUGAGCAACGUACCCGUUUCUAUGCUGCUCUUAUUCGGAUCACUUAGUUCCCACCAUCCAGUCGAGUUUUGGAGACGGGAUCUCGAAAGCGCCCAUAUGGGGCGACAGCUGCGGGUCAUACUGGGACCAUUCCUACCAAGACAUGUCGUGACAUUCCAGUCCGGAGAGGAAAGCUACGCCCAGCUCGUGGCCUUAACCAGUGAUGCUGCAGAUAAGAACUAUGCUCUGCUACUCCGCCAUCGAGCGGUCACACCCGGCGAGGCCGUGAUUGUGUUAGAAAGUCAGCACCAACUGUACCAGUUUCUGGCGAAAUGGGCAGCGAAGAUUGUGGAGAAGGUGGAUACAGUUACUAUCCCACGAGAAGUAAACGAACCAGCCAUUCUAUCAUCAGAAACGACAAAAAUGAAAUCUUCUGCUUUCAUUUCUCUGGAGAGUGCAUACGGCAUUCCCAAAGAUCUCAAUCUCGACCAAAUCGUGGACAUAUCGGACGGAAUGUGUUACUUGGGCGCGGAAGAGUUGAAGCAGGCUCGCCAGGAGCCGUCUUUCUUCAAAGACCACGUCGUAGAUGAGCUUGAGAGCCACUAG